GGAGAGAGGCAGAGCGCGCGGGAGGGAGCGGCCGCUGGGCUGACGGAGGCUGUGUCUGACCGCGGGCCCCCGGGCGGGAGGCGGCUGCAGCGACAGGAGGAUGACGGCUGCCGUGUUCUUCGGCUGCACCUUCAUCGCUUUCGGGCCCGUGUUUUCCCUUUUCCUCUUCACAAUCGCCCGCGAACCGCUGAGGGUCAUCUUCCUGAUCGCGGGGGCUUUCUUCUGGCUGGUAUCGUUGUUGCUGUCAUCCUUUGUGUGGUUCAUUGCUGUUCAGAUGAGUAACAAGAAAAAUGCUUCCCUGCAGAAAGGCCUUCUCAUUUUUGGAGUCAUUUUAUCAGUACUUCUUCAAGAAAUCUUUCGCUUUGCUUACUACAAGCUAUUGAAAAAGGCCAAUGAAGGUUUAUUGGCAAUAAGCCGAGAAGAGGUGGUGCCCAUUUCCAUCAGACAGCUAGCUUAUGUUUCAGGCUUGGGCUUCGGCAUUAUGAGUGGAGCCUUCUCAGUAAUAAAUAUCCUCGCUGACUCUUUGGGUCCAGGCAUUGUUGGCAUUCACGGGGAAUCGCCAUAUUACUUUCUUGUUUCAGCAUUUAUGACUCUGGCCAUCAUUCUGCUGCACAUGUUCUGGGGAAUCAUUUUCUUUGAUGCUUGUGAGAAGAGGAAAUGGUGGGCGGUGGCAGCAGUCGUCUUGAGUCAUCUAUUAGUGUCCAGCGUGACAUUUGUGAAUCCUCAGUAUGAAGGAAGCCUGAUACCGGCAUAUAUUGUUUUGUUUGUCAUGGGCAUCUGGGCGUUUAUUACUGCUGGGGGUUCAGUUCGGAAUCUCAAACUUUGUGUAACCUGCAGCGAUAAAGACUUUCUUUUGGCGAACCACAGAGCCAGAUAAUGUUUGGAACCAAGAUAUUCUUUCAGUACUACUGUCAUUGAUAAUGGAGGGCAGAAUCUGGAAUACUGCAGAGUCCAAUACAAUGUGUAUUGCACUCCCCCGUCCCUCCCAUAUUAUGUAUUGAUGUAUUUAGUAAGUUCUGUAAUUUAAAACUUAGCUCAGGGCACACUCUGUACAUCCAGAAUGACUCUUUGUUUAUAAUUCUGUAUGCCUAUAGCUAGUGUAGCCGGAAUAUGAAUGUCUUGACAGAUUUGUUGGCCUAAUGGCUUCAUGCUGGUGCUAUUGAUGUGGCGGCUGCUUUGUGCUAAUGUGACAUGAACAAGAUUCAAAACUGUAGAGAUUCAUGUCAUCCAGAUUGCAUUUGUUCAAAUCUCUAUACGUUUCUGGGGAUAAAGGGUUAAAACUAAUAGUUGUAAAGCUCCCUUUUCGGUGAAUUCGUUUUCAAAUGUUUUUCAGGCAAAUGUAUGACUUCACUGGAGGUUUAACUUAUUUUGGAAAAUAUGUUUUUUUUGGACAGUUAGUUCUUUACAAAUAUCUUGGUAAGUGUUUUUAUAUAUUAUGUAACUUUAUCAGGAUUGAAGACCAAACUAUUUCUCAAAGCCAAAAUCGCAGCCUUUGAAUUUAUAUAAAUGGUUGAUUUUGUACUGGAACAAAUAUGUACAUUUUGCUCUGUUUGUAAAAUCUAGGUUAUAUAAUUAUUGUUAUUACUAAUUAUUUAAUAUGCUGUUAGAAAUCCUUUUUUUCAUUUCAAUGAACAUAUCUGGCUAAUGUACUGAUAAUAUUGAUAGAUAGCUAUGUGCUUAAUAUACCCCAGUGCCGUAACACUAAAGAACUGAUUUUUAUUAUAUGGCUGUCUCAGACUUUUUGCAUUAAAGCGUUCAAAUUAA